CCCGCCCCUUUGGCGCCCCUCGCGCGAUUGAUCCGCCAUUACCACGGGCACCGCCAGCGGGGCCGGUUCUGUGCCUGGACCGGCGCCUGUGCCGGGACUCGUUCGCCACCCGAGUGUCCCCAAGGUGUCCCCAGUGACGAUGGAGCUCCAAGAGCGGUUCCAGGCCCUGCUGCAGCCACGGGUCACCAUGCCGUCCAUCACGGGGCUGGACACCGCGUUCUACCUAGAGAAGGAGACGCUGUUGCGCAGAUUAGAGAGAGAGUGGAAGUCGAGCUCCACCAGUGAGCUUCAGAAGCACCUGGCGUACAUUGAUGCCACCUGGGGGCACCGCACUGCCGCCUUCGAUGGUGAUAACCUUGUCGCCUUCCUGAGCGUCUACAAGAGCAACCCAUGGGCCUGGCACAGGCGUAUGACAGUGGAACUGGAGGAACUGUUCAUGUCUCGACUUCUGUACAGCUCCCUUGCCUAUGAUGAGGCUGACUGGUGCCUAAGAGCCGUUGAGGACAUCCCAAGGCCCCUCCGAUCGCCGGAGCGCUCCCAGAGCAACCCCCAGGUGUCCCCAGUGAGCGGGGAGCCCCAGGAGCUGUCCCCGGCCCUGCUGCUGCCGCAGGUCACCAUGGUGGCCAUCCUGGGCAAGCAGGCAGACAUCUUGCCCAGGCGGGGCACAAAGCGGCUCAAGUCCCUAGAGUACCUGUACUCGAAGCUGGUGGACUUCUGCGGGAAGCUGGGGGCCACCAUGAAGUCCAUUCAAGACCCAUGGUGGCGCCGCAAUGUCACCUCCAACGAUAAAGCCCCUCCCGCCUCCCUGAGCAUGGCUCUGGCCGCCUACCAGCACACCCAAUGGACCACCUGGGGCCAUGUGGUAGCGGAGGCCUGGCACUGGCUGGGGUCGCUGAAUGGGCAAUUGAAGAACAGCGCCGAGGUGGCCAGGGCAGCCCCCGAGCUCCUCAGCAUCUGCAGGGAAUUGGCCGCCGAGGCGGCCACUGAGGAGGCCACCGCCCGGGCCAGGGAGCAGCAGGCACGGGCUGCCCGUUAUGGGGCAGCUCGGGAACGCAUGGUGGGGCUGGGCAAGGAUGAGAGGGCCAGGCGGAAAACCCGGGUGAAGAGAGAGGCCAGGGUGGCUGCCAGCAAGGCAAGAAGGGCCACCAUGAUGACACAGCGGGUGGAGGCGGCCCUGGGGCUGCUGGAGCGCUUGGUGGCCGCAUGUGACGAAGCCACUGCGUUCCCCCAGGAGCUGCAGCGCAGGGUUGGGGACAUUGUGGAUGCCCUGGAGAGCAUGAACGACGAGCCCCCCAAUGUCCCUGAGGACUUGGUGGCCCAGGUGGCCAAAGCCGAGUGGCUGUGGGAGGCCAAUGCCCACCUGGCCAAGGGUCACCUGGUGGGGGCAAUUGACAACAUCACCAAGUUCUUGUCCAAUGGUGGUCGUGCCAGCCCCAGUGUCAGUGAGGUGGCCGAGCAGUGCCGAAGAGCCACUGAAGGCACCCCAAGGCUCCUUCAACCCCCGGAGCAUCCUCAGAGCAUCCCUGAGAUGUCCCCAGUGAGCACGGAGCCCCAAGAGCUGAACGUGGCCCUGCUGAACCACAACACUGAUGACUCCAUCUGUCUCAACUCCGAUCUUGCUGACGCUUCCACCUCUCUGUGCCCGGCCCCGGCCGCCUACGAGAACACCGCGUUGACCACCUGGGGUGAGAAGGGAUCAGGUGACAAUGGUGGCCAGCGAGUGGCACAGGUCGGUGUCCACGUUGGAGGACAGCUGGACCCAGCUGACCAGAGAGGCCAUCAAGCAUAACAGUGUUCUCCCGUGCCGCCAUUUCCGCACUGCUUUGGCAGCCAAGGUGACCAGGGCUGAGUGGCUGUGGGUGGCCAGCCGCCUCCUGGCCAGGGACCACUUGGUGGGGGCACUUGGGGACAUCGACACCAUCUUCAGGUGUGGUGACACCAAUGGCUCCAUCGCCCGCGCGGUAGCUGAGCUGUGCCAAAGAGCUGCUGAGGACAUCCCAAAUCUGCUGCAGGGACAGUGAUGUCCCCAAUGUGACAUCAUCAGGGCAGUGACAUCAUCAGGGACAUGGCUGUCCUUUUUUCUGCCUUGCCAUGUAGGAUUUGAAACAAAUAUAGGGAAUUUUCUGGGAAGUUUCACUGAAAUUGACCCAAAGCCUGAUGGGAAUUCCCAGGGUAAUGUCACUGGGGACACUCAGGGACAUUCUGGGGACACUCAGGGACAGGGGUGAAUGAGUCCCAUCAAGAUCUUCCAGCUUUUCACUGUGCCUGCAGCAGACAUGGGUUAUAAAUGACACUAACUGGCUUCUGCAUUUCUGUAUUGGCUUUUCCGCAUUGUUAUGAAUCACCAGCAAUUUGAUUAUGGAGGGGCUUUGACAGCUGGCCUGCAAGCAAAGCUGAGUUAAGAGAAGAAGUAACAAUUGAUGGUUACUAAAUGUAUCCAUAGGAAGGGAGAUGACAAGGCCAUCAGCAUGGAAACGGUUUGGAAAAGAUAGAUGAAAAUUUUUGUUAGCUACACUAUGUGCCUAAGUACAUGUAUACGUGCCUUAAUAAAUUUCUGUAAAACUUUUGCCACUUAUAUUGACACUAAUUGCUUUGCACCAAUUAAUAUCAAGCUUUGUUAAGAGUAUAUAAACUGGAGAACAUGCAGAAUAAAAAACUUUAUCUUCUUGGACCC